AUGAAGAUUUGCAAUUUCUUCUGCCGAAAUUUUGUUUUCCGCGUGGUUGUUCAGGUGGUAUAGUAUGGUUGCGCUCGACAGGAACUGCGAGGCAUUGAUGCCAAAUGUGACUCUUUUGAAUCCGAACAUUCUCAGAUUGUCUACUGUGACUGGUUUGCUUAAAUCUUUUAGCCAUGAGCACCUGAUAAAGUUUCUGUCAUCCUUAUGUAAAUGCAUUUGUAAGAAGGCUUUUUCGACGUCUGAGGGAAGGACAUGCUGCCCUACACGGAAUCGAAGAAGUAUACCGAACAGUUUUGGAAGCAUUGUGGGCCCUUGAUGCACGACGUCAUUGAGUGAAGGGCAGUUUCUGUAGUGCGCAGGUGCGUCAAAGACUACCCUAAAUUUCGUAGUGUCCUUAUCAGAGGUGAUGACAGGUUGAUGUGGGAGAUAAUGUCGUUGUUUGUAGGGUUCCUCUUGGCUUUCGUCCGCUACUUCCAGAACGUUUUUGUUGAGCUGUUCUUGAAAACAUGAUUAUAUUGCCGCAGAAGAUCGGGUUUAUCCUUGUACUUUUGCAUAAUGCUUUUGAGUCUAUGAAUUGUGAGGGCUCUGUUGUCUGGUAGUCUCUUAUGAUCGUCUUUGAGUGGUAAACGAGCGACAUACCCUUUGUCUUUCUUCUCAAUCGAGUUAUUGAAAUUGGCGAGGACUUGGGCAUUGAUGUGGGCCCUUUCUUCCCUUCCGGGACCACAGAACUCCCUGUCCAUCUCAUGAGGUGUGUUGUAAUUGCCGACAGUUGCUCGAAGAGCUUGCGCUGAUCCUUCAGCUGUGAGCUUCUUGCGCUCCAGUUCCCCAGCUGUUGAUGAAGGUUGGUUACAAUGUUCUGGGCGUUCCCAUACUUUUCCUUCAGAUGGGCUACCGCCAUGCUGUAAUUUGUGGAACUAA